AGAAGAAAAUGGGUUGCCAUGGUAUCAAGGAAACGUUGUCGCCCUGAGGAUUUGACGAAAGCUAGCUUACAUUUUUCGAAAUCGAGAGCAAAUGGUUUGUGGAAGGUCUGAUAUUUGCACAUGGUUACUGCCGUCAACCCCUCAGAUGUAAUAACUCAUCAGUAAUGGAAGGAGCCGAAACAGGAGUUAACAGUUAUCUCAUCAGGCCAAAUUACCAGCACAAGUUCAAAGCUGCAGUUGCGAAGGAGUGCAUUCGUGAAGUCCUGAGGAAUCAUCUUAUGGGUGUUCAGUACGACCCAGAAAAUGUCCCAACAUUAUCCAAACUGUUAGCAGACACGAUUAAAGACAAGCUUAAAGGAGUUGGCUUUGAACGUUACAAGUUGGUAGUGCAAGUGGCCCUUGGCGAACAGCGAGGAGAGGGGGUCAAAAUGGCUGCGCGUUGUUUCUGGGAUGCGGACACGGACAGCUAUGCCCAGGACAUAUUCAUGAAUGAGAGCCUGUUCUGUGUGGCUGCUGUCUUCGGAAGCUACUACUACUGAAGCACUGGAACAGGAUGGUACAUCAGGGGAGUCACCACCAGAGGGUCAGCCAGAGAGGAAGCCCUGUGAACGGGGCAGAUGAGGAGGAAGUUGAGGGUGGUGGAGGCUGGAGGCUCUAUUCCUCGUCACAGAGUCGGAGUAUGAGAAACUUGGAGGGAGGCAUGCACGUGAACAGAAGGGUCAGAUGGGACACCUGACACAGUGAAAAGAGAUGGUGAAACAGAGUUGGCCCUUGUCUUGCAUCGUUACUGGUAUGCUUGCAUUCUAGUGUAUGAAUACAUGUGUGUUUGAGAAAGAGAUGCUGGAAAAGUUACAUGUAAUUAACAUGAAUUGACACAAGUUGGAUGUAUUGCUAUUAUAAGGUAAUUUAAUAAUUUUAUCAUAUUCUUGGUAUAUUCUUAAACAUACAUGUAACGUUGUACAUGUAACGUUUGUAAUGUUGAAUAAAAAGCAGAAAAUGCCCUAUA